CCGCCACUGCCGCGCCUGGGUCAGAUCCAUCUGGCCCGGCUCGACCCAGUCUGCCCCGCCUGGGCUCAGCGGCCGUGGGGCCGCGGCUCCCGAUGGAAAUUAUAUGACGGAAUAUUUGGGUAACAUCUUCCUGAAUGAUCUUCAAGGAUUACAGAAGACAAAAACACUAAUGCAUUUGAGAAAGUGGUAAAGUUUGGGGGGAGGGGGAAAAAACCCUGCUUUCCUGAUUUGCAACUUGGCUGGAUGCUAAGAUGUCUGUGGACAUGAAUAGCCAGGGAUCUGACAGUAAUGAAGAGGACUAUGACCCAAAUUGUGAAGAAGAGGAAGAGGACGAGGACCCUGGGGACAUAGAGGACUAUUACGUGGGAGUAGCCAGUGAUGUGGAGCAGCAGGGGGCUGAUGCCUUUGAUCCUGAAGAGUACCAGUUCACCUGCUUGACCUACAAGGAAUCCGAGGGUGCUCUCAAUGAGCACAUGACCAGCUUAGCCUCUGUCCUAAAGGCCGUUGAUGCUCACUGCCAUCAGCUGCAUCCUCCCUAUGGCACUGGUGUCUCAUUCAGUCGCUAAGCUUAUAUUAGUUAAUUUCCACUGGCAAGUUGCAGAGAUAUUGGACAGAUACAAGUCUAACUCCGCUCAGCUGCUUGUUGAGGCUCGAGUUCAGCCCAAUCCAUUGAAACAUGUCCCCACAGCCCAUCCCCCUCACCACUGCGCAGUGUGUAUGCAGUUUGUGCGGAAGGAAAACCUACUCUCUCUGGCCUGUCAGCACCAGUUUUGCCGCAGCUGCUGGGAGCAGCACUGCUCAGUACUUGUCAAAGACGGCGUGGGUGUGGGAGUCUCUUGCAUGGCUCAGGACUGCCCACUUCGAACACCAGAAGACUUUGUGUUUCCAUUAUUGCCCAAUGAAGAGCUAAGAGACAAAUACAGGCGCUACCUCUUCAGGGACUAUGUGGAGAGUCAUUACCAGCUCCAGCUGUGCCCUGGUGCAGACUGCCCCAUGGUCAUCCAGGUACAAGAGCCCAGAGCUCGCCGAGUCCAGUGCAAUCGGUGCAAUGAGGUCUUCUGUUUCAAGUGUCGUCAGAUGUAUCACGCACCCACAGACUGCGCCACAAUCCGGAAAUGGCUCACGAAAUGUGCAGAUGACUCUGAAACAGCCAACUACAUUAGUGCUCACACUAAAGACUGUCCCAAGUGCAACAUCUGCAUUGAGAAGAAUGGAGGCUGCAAUCACAUGCAAUGCUCCAAGUGUAAACACGACUUCUGCUGGAUGUGUCUAGGAGAUUGGAAGACCCAUGGCAGCGAGUACUAUGAGUGCAGUCGGUACAAGGAGAACCCCGACAUUGUCAACCAGAGCCAGCAGGCCCAAGCCAGGGAGGCCCUCAAGAAGUACUUGUUCUACUUUGAGAGGUGGGAAAACCACAACAAGAGCUUGCAGCUAGAAGCACAGACAUACCAGCGGAUUCAUGAGAAAAUCCAGGAGAGGGUCAUGAAUAAUCUGGGGACGUGGAUUGACUGGCAGUACUUACAGAAUGCUGCCAAGCUCUUGGCCAAGUGUCGAUACACCCUGCAAUACACGUAUCCAUAUGCAUACUACAUGGAGUCUGGACCCAGGAAGAAGCUGUUUGAAUACCAGCAGGCUCAACUGGAGGCUGAGAUUGAAAACCUAUCUUGGAAAGUGGAACGUGCAGACAGCUAUGACAGAGGGGACUUAGAAAACCAGAUGCACAUAGCAGAACAACGGAGGAGAACCCUGCUGAAGGAUUUCCACGACACCUAGGCUGGACAUGGAUGCGCUGGAGUGAGGAAUAUGUUGCUGCGAGGUCUCCUGGCUGCCAUACUGCAUGCUGAGGGCUCUGCCUUUCAUGAACCCCAGGCAGCAGCCAGGGCCCCACUCCUGAGAAACACUGGCAACACACCUUAGUCAAUUUCUAUUUUGUUCUCAUCUUUUUGCUUUUUGUUUCUACUAUGGUAGAGGCCCUGUUGAAUUGGCCUCUUCAGGAUUUUUAAUUUCCCCUGGAUGGAUGUUGGGAGGGAGGGAAAGUUUUUUCUGAAUGACUAUUAAUAGUAUUAGAUGAUUACAACUUAUGUAAUUUUCAAAAGAUGUACAAUUGUACAAAAAGAAAAGAGGCAAACCAACUAUAGAAUUUACACAGAACCCUUUUAAAAAAUAAAUUGGCAUUAGAGUGUUUUACCCUCUAGCUAUUUUACUUAGAAUGUAACAUGCUGCCUGCCCACUCUGCCUCUGAAUGUGUUCUAUAAGAGGGCCCUAGGGUGGUCUCUGUUUUCAGAUUCACUUUGUGUUUGGCCACAGCUGGGGUCCCAAGGGAGGAGAAUGGGUGGCAGAUGGGGAAUUGAAUUAGCUUAUAACGGGUAAGGCACACAGGGAAUCACAUCAUGCCUCCUGCCUGUCCCUUGUAGACCCUUUUGUGGUCAGGUGCACCUGCCUUACAUGGCAGAGAGUAGACAGUACAGAACAGGGUCUUGCCAUGGGGUAUCUGAUCAUCACAGAUGGCGCUGCCUGUUUGUGGGCUCAUCUUUAUUCUUGAAGGUGAGGCUUACCUGGGUCUUGCUACUGAGGCCAGAGCUCACAGCAGAGCAUAGGUGGUCUUGUGGCCCUGCAGACCAGGGAACAGGAGUUCAGUAUCGUGUUUCCUUUAGUCUCCUAAAGAUAGAGAUCACUUUUAAAGGGAAUUGUUCCCCACAAUAAAUUUGUUUUGCCUUGGUCCCUUUUUUUGUGCCAGUAUUCAAGUGAUGUGGCUCUGACCAAGUUCACACGCAGCCAUACCUGACACUCUCCUGCUACACUCUCCUCUGGUGAACUUCAGGGUUGGAGUGCAGCAUGGCCCUUCGUGAGGGCACUGGUCUUCCUGGCCCAGGGGCCUUGUUUGCACAAGUUGUUUUCAUGUUACCUGGAGUGUGUCCAGCAGCUGCUCGGGCCUGGGUGCUCUCCCCCUGGCCUGAUUUCAGGUGUUAGAGAACACCGCCUCUAGGGUCUGGGAGUGUGAGACCAGGCGAGUCCUUGGUUUGUGGUCCCAGCUCCUGUAGUAGGAGGGAGGGGGCUGGCCAGGGGAGAAGGCCAGUUUUUGCACAGUUGAGCCCAAAGGAGCAGGUGGUUUGCAUGAUUUCUUAACCUGUCCUGAACCUGGUCCUGUGGGCCUUUGAAAAGUUAAAUCUGAUUCUCGGGGUUCCUGUGUCUUUGUUGAUGCCUCCACUCUGAGGCUGGCAGAGUUGACUGUGCUUGACAGGGCCUCCUCGACCUCCUGGAAGAGUCGCUUGGGAGAUGUGUGAAUAUUAUGUUGGGAAUUCUUUGAUAUUCAAACAUUUCACCUCAGCAAUUUCCCAAGUUACCACAGUUGUAAACUGAAUUACUCUUGAAGACAGAGGACAGGGGUCAUGGGUACAAGGCUGGGUGCAGGCUCCCUUUCUCCCUACUCAGAUUUUGUCUCUUCCUUUUAUCUCUUGCAAGGGGAGGGGCUGUGGGGAGGAGAGGGAGAACAAGUUACAAGUAUAGCAAAGAACCCAGAAUUGAAUGGUGAGUUCACUGAACUAGCAGAGUGCCUAAUGAGGGACCUGGGGUGGGGUGUGAAUGCUGUGUUGGCACAUGGACAAUCCUGGCAUCUUACCUCUCUCCAUCUCUGUGUUGCCAGCAUGGCCCAAGACCUGAGUUGUAGCUCUGCACCUUCGGUCCCACUCUGGGCAUUUUUUGGACUGCACAGCUACUAUGCAAUGUGCUUGCAUCCAGUGUGGCUCCAGCCACUGCGUUGCAGGAGUUUCAGACCACAGCCUGCAGCCCUUGACCUGUGGAGAGCUUCCUUUCAGUCCCCCCAGUAGCUGUCCUAAAUGGAAAAAUCAGGCAGAAUUUUUCUGCCCCGCAAAGGAUAGAAGAUAAGGCACUGUGUUUUCAUGAAUUUACCAUAUAUCUUUGUUUUUCUUCAAAGAAAAAGUUGAGGUAAUGUUAUCUGCUCAAGGUUGAGUA